AUGAGACAUUUUUUUUCCACAGUGAAACUAGUACGACUAUUGAAAAUAGUCUUUUCGUCUUCAUCAUCAUCAUCAUCAUCAUCAUCAUCAUCAUCAUCAUCAUCAUCAUCAUCAUCAUCAUCAUCAUCAUCAUCAUCAUCAUCAUCAUCAUCAUCAUCAUCAUCAUCAUCAUCAUCAUCAUCAUCAUCAUCAUCAUCAUCAUCAUCAUCAUCAUCAUCAUCAUCAUCAUCAUCAUCAUCAUCAUCAUCAUCAUCAUCAUCAUCAUCAUCAUCAUCAUCAUCAUCAUCAUCAUCAUCAUCAUCAUCAUCAUCAUCAUCAUCAUCAUCAUCAUCAUCAUCAUCAUCAUCAUCAUCAUCAUCAUCAUCAUCAUCAUCAUCAUCAUCAUCAUCAUCAUCAUCAUCAUCAUCAUCAUCAUCAUCAUCAUCAUCAUCAUCAUCAUCAUCAUCAUCAUCAUCAUCAUCAUCAUCAUCAUCAUCAUCAUCAUCAUCAUCAUCAUCAUCAUCAUCAUCAUCAUCAUCAUCAUCAUCAUCAUCAUCAUCAUCAUCAUCAUCAUCAUCAUCAUCAUCAUCAUCAUCAUCAUCAUCAUCAUCAUCAUCAUCAUCAUCAUCAUCAUCAUCAUCAUCAUCAUCAUCAUCAUCAUCAUCAUCAUCAUCAUCAUCAUCAUCAUCAUCAUCAUCAUCUUCUUCUUCUUCUUCUUCUUCUUCUUCUUCUUCUUUCUAUUCUUUUCAUUUUAGUUACGAAUAUUUACAAUUAAGAAUAUGA